ACCUCAUGGACAUGGCAACAUUCGGAGGAUUCGGAGUGUGAUGCACAGCCAAGGCGGAAUAACGACGUUUGCCCAACUCAAAUCGCUGUCCGGUGUCAGCCUGACGGCCUGACGCACGCCUCGUGGGGGAAAGUGACGUCACCCUCGAGAUACGCCGCCGCCGUCGCGAACGGGCCGAACGGAACGGGCCGCCUGCCUGUCUCUCUCACACACACUCCAUUGACUGCGCCUGCAGUUGAGAACGGCACUGUCAUUCCCCGCGAGUCGCCGAUUCCACCGCACGAGGGCCCUUAAAAACGGCCAUGAAAGUUAAAAGCCUGCAUCUGAAUUAAAAUCGGCCCCCCAGAAAAACGAAAGGGUUGCGAGUGGAGCGCGCGAGACUCGACCGCACGGCAGCGCAGCAGCGUUACCACCUAUUCAGCAUUGAUCGCAGAACAAUGGCUGCUGGAAACUGGAGCAAGCAAGAAGCGAGCAAGCCCCGCGAGACGUCUUGUCCGUCUUGAUGUCGUUGGCACUUUUCGGCAGCAGGUCAUUGUGGGGCCAGCCUAGCCGCGCCCGCCACGGCAUGGAGUCGGCCCUCACCGCCAGAACCAGAACCCCGUCGGCAGCGAAAUGGCCAUGUCGACGACGACGUCGCUGUCAGAAGGGCUGGGCGUCGUGGCCCGGGUCACCCGGGCGACGCUGUUGAUCGUCCUGCUCGCCUCGGCGCUCCACGCCGGCCUGGACGACGAGGACUCCUCCGAAGCUUCAACGAGGACAGGCCGCGCCGUGCUGCGUUCGGACUCCACACACCCGCACCCCACCCUCAUCACCGGCGACGACGACGAGGAGGACGUCCCGUUCCAGAGCUGCAUCACGCCCAACAAGGAGCCGGGCCACUGCCGCCACGUCCGCUUCUGCGUGCUCGACGAGUUCAAGGACAACUUUGACCGGUUCAAGGACUACGCGUGCGUCAUCGAGGGCAAGUUCAUCGGCGUGUGCUGCCCCGACGACAAGGACCUCUACGACUCCAGCAGGGACUACCCGAUGAACCGCACCGGCCUGGGCCGAGGCCGAGGCCGCGGCCGCGGCUCCAGGGGCGACUCCGGCAGACCGUUCCGCAUGAAGAAGCCCGGUUUCGUCGACAGGUCGCAGAGCUCGCAGGCCCUGGGGGGCGACACGUGCGGGACGACGCGCGUGCGGCGACGCAACGAGAACGCCAAGGUGGAGGGCGGCCAGGAGGCCGAGCCCGGCCAGUUCCCCUGGAUGGCCGCCCUGCUCCGCAACGGCCUGCAGCAGUUCUGCGGCGGCGUGCUGCUCGACUCCACCCACAUCCUCACCGCGGCCCACUGUGUUUACAAUUUGGAGGCCGGGGACUUGACGGUGGGGCUCGGCGAGUACGACCUCAGCCAGCCCGUCCCCGAGCGCGUGCAGACGUUCGAGGUGACGGACAUCCUGGUCAACGAGCGCUUCAACCCGGACGCGUACACCGACGACAUCGCCAUCCUGUACCUGGCGGGCGAGGCCGAGUUCACGGACUACGUGUGGCCCGUCUGCCUGCCGCCGCCCGACAUGGACCUCGCGGGGCAGCUCGCCGUCGUCAUCGGGUGGGGCACGGUGUACUACGGCGGGCCGCCCAGCAACGUGCUGAUGGAGGUGACGCUGCCCAUCUGGAGCCAGGAGGACUGCCAGCGCCAGUUCGACCAGCCCAUCCUGGAGACGGAGAUCUGCGCCGGCACCGAGGCCGGGGGCCGGGACUCAUGCCAGGGCGACUCCGGUGGACCGUUGCUCCUGCAGAUGAACGACGGCCGCUGGUGCAACAUCGGCAUCGUGUCGUUCGGCGUGCGGUGCGGCGAGCCGGGGAAGCCCGGCGUCUACACCAACGUGGGCAUGUAUCUGGACUGGAUCGCGCAGAACACGCGGCGGUGAACGCGGAAGGAGCACGCCACCUGGCCACCCUAGCCGCCAGUUUGUACCUGAACCAACCCCGCCGCUGCCGUGGCCACCGCCACACUGCCGUCGAGGCCGUCGUCGAGGCCGCCGUCAAGGCCGCUGACAAGGCCGUUGCCAAGGCCGCCGUCAAGGCCGUCGUCAAGGCCGCCUUCAAGGCCGUCGUCAAGGAGAGUCCCGGACAUCCACCGCCAGCGUGCCGCGCCAAGCCCGCCGAAGCGAGAGCGAGAGCGCAUUCCGGCUUGUAUCUCUGUGCCUCGAAAUCGUGCAAUAAAUACAUUUGUCCCGA